AUGGAAAAUAAUGUCACUGAAUUUAUCCUCAUGGGUCUUUCUCAAAAUAAGGAAGUACAGCAACUAUGCUUCUUUUUGUUCCUACUCUUUUAUAUGAUCCUCAUGACUGGAAAUUUUUUCAUUAUAAUAACUAUUCAAAGGAGCUCAAAUCUCAACUCUCCAAUGUACUUCUUCCUUAGCUUCUUAUCCUUUGUUGACAUCUGCUAUUCCUCUGUUACAGCCCCCAAGCUGAUUAUUGACUUUCAAGCCAAGGUCAAGAGAAUCUCUUUUGAUGGUUGUAUGGUCCAGCUCUUUUUCAUCCAUCUGCUUGGCUGCACAGAGAUCUUUAUCCUCACAGUGAUGGCCUAUGACAGGUACAUGGCCAUCUGUAAGCCUCUACGCUAUUUGACCAUCAUGGACUGGAAAUUCUGCUCCAUAUUGGUGGUGUUCUGUUGGCUAGGAGGCUUUGUGCAUACUUUUAUCCAGACCGUGCUCACUGUACAACUCCCUUUCUGUGGCCCCAACCUGAUCGACCACUACUUCUGUGACGUCCACCCUUUACUGAAGCUGGCUUGCACAGACACAUAUGUGGUGGGGCUCAUUGCAAUGGCCAACAGUGGCAUGAUUUCACUGAGCUCCUUUGUCAUUCUUGUGGGCUCUUACACGGUCAUCUUGCUUUCCUUCAAGACUCACUCAUCAGAGGGGAGGCGCAAAGCUCUGUCCACAUGCGCUUCCCACAUCACUGUGGUAAUAUUAUAUUUUGUCCCCUGCAUCUUCAUCUACCUGAGACCUUCCACCACUUUUCCUGAGGACAAGAUGGUGGCUGUAUUUUACACUGUCAUCACACCCAUGUUGAAUCCUCUGAUCUACAGCCUGAGAAACACGGAGGUGAAAAACGCAAUGAAGAGACUGUGGAUCAAGAGGUUGUUGGGCAGAACAACCUGGGGAUUGAUACAGCCUCCGUUGUAA